AUGGAACCUAAGGAGGAUCAUGUCGACGAGCGAAUGUCAGAUUUGGUGGCGUCUGUCGCUUUGGAGAAAACCGGAACAACCUGUGAGGCACCAUCGUCGUAUAAAGGAGACUGCGAGCGCUCCGUAGAUAUGAACGAUUUCACCAUGGAGCGCAAAAUGCUUUUUAUGGCCGACUGCAAGGUGGAAUGGCCAUGCAAAAGCGACAUUGACAAGGGCGAAGUGCAACAGUGUAAGGAUACCGAGCGGAACUUCCUCCAACCGUGCCCAGAGAACUUUCUCAGGCACAAAAAAGAUUCCGGAUAUGUAUGUGUACCCGAUUUUUCCGGCUAUUUAGGGCCGUGCAACUCGAUUGUGGAUUUCACCGACUUCUCUAGAGAGUCGAAGAUGAUCUGGGCCCAAACUUGUGGAACGACAUGGCCAUGCAUGACUAUAUGUCCCAAGGUUUUUGAUGUAUGCCCUAUGGAUUGGGUCUUGGCGGAGGAUGGUGCGUGUGAAGCGCCUCCAUCUUACAAAGGUCCUUGCGAGAAACGGACGUACUUCACGUAUUACACUCAGGAAAUGAAGCGCAAGCGACUCUGGGAAUGUGAUAUCCCAUUCGAAUGCAGCUCCCAGUGUCCGAAAGACUACAAUAAGUGUCCAGUGUUAUGGAAAACGGAAGUGGAUGGCUUUUGUCUGCCACCUAGUGACGCAGCUGGCUGCAGUGAUCUCUUGGCAGAGUUGUUAAAGCAGGCCGGCCAGGUUCAAGUCGGUGCCACUCACAAUUCGCUAGACCUGCGUUUGUUGGAUCUCGAAUCGAGAAAGCUCUUUGAGUCCAAAUGCAGCAAUGUCGAAUUUCCGUGUAUGGAGGAGGAGAAUGGGAUAAAUUGGUCGUUACAAUGCCCACGAGGUAGGUUCCGCAAGCAUCCCACUGAUCCGAUGGCAGGCUGGACCAUCAGCAAGGAAAACUUGAGGAGCUGCGUGCCACCCCAGGCGAAAGACGACGAUCUCUGCCAAUCGCAAGUGUCAUUUAACGACGAAGAAGAGAAACGCGCUUUUGCUUCACUUUGCCAAAUACAUUGGUCAGGAGUUGCUGCGUUCACGGACACCUCAGCCACGGAAAUAGAGCACCGAGUCAGCGGUCCCAUAACAGGUAUGUCGUUGACUUAG